AUGUGUGGUAGAUAUGCCCUCGGCGUGCGCAUGGUCUUCAUGCGUCGGCGCCUCCAGGAACAAGGCCUCCAGGUUGACGAAGCACCCUCCGAUGACGAGGUCCGAGAGACAUACAAUUUCGCACCGGGCAACUUUGGCGCCGUCUAUCGCGCGGAUAUAUAUCCCUCCGGUCAUGGCGAGGAACAAAAUGAAAACGACGACAGUGGACCUCACACUACAUUACGUACACAGGAUAGGGCCAGAGCGAAAGACGAACAAUCGCAUUGCCAGCUUUAUUAUAAGAUUCAGAGCAUGAAGUGGGGACUGGUCCCGUUCUGGACGAAGCGGAAACCGGACUACGGGUCGCUGAUGCGGACGAUCAAUUGUCGGGAUGACUCGCUGGUCGAGGAUCGCGGGAUGUGGACGUCCAUGAAGCGGAAGAAGAGGUGUGUGGUUGUCUGUCAGGGUUUCUAUGAGUGGUUGAAGAAGGGGCCGGGGGGGAAGGAGAAGGUGCCGCAUUUUGUGAAGCGGAAGGAUGGGGAGUUGAUGCUUUUUGCUGGGUUGUGGGAUUGUGUUUCUUAUGAAGGGGAGGAUGAGAAGCUCUACACGUAUACGAUUAUUACGACGUCUUCGAACCCAUAUCUGAAGUUCCUUCAUGAUCGCAUGCCGGUGAUUCUUGAUCCAACUAGCGAGGCGAUGAAGAUUUGGCUGGAUCCGAAUCGGACGACGUGGUCGAAGGAACUACAGUCUGUGCUGAAGCCGUACGAGGGCGAGCUGGAAUGCUAUCCCGUUCCCAAGGAGGUCGGCAAGGUUGGAAACAACUCCCCUGACUUCAUUGUACCGGUGAAUAGUAAGGAAAAUAAGAGUAAUAUUGCGAAUUUCUUUGCAAAUGCAAAGAAAAAGACCGAGCCGGGUGUCAAAAUUGAAGGCGAUGACAGUACGGAUCAAAAUAUAAUCAAGAACGAAGACGAUCCGCGUCCAACGAAGGACGAUGAAUGGAGCGAGGAUAAUGCACCCAAGCCAGCAGCGGGCAUCAAGAGAGAACGCACUCCCGAGGAGCCUGGAAAGGUAGUAGAUGAGGGGAUGAAGAAACUAAAAACAGGGCCGCUCAUCCCUUCGUCAAAGAAGAUCACAAAGCAUAACCCAGUGUCGAUGCAACAGACAAGCCCUGUCGGAAAGAAGAUGCGAAGUGCCACUCAUAAUGAAAAGCCCAUGAAAAAGGUGAACGCGAAGAAAGCUGAUGGAUCUCAGCCAAUCACAAAGUUUUUCUCAAACUGA